AUGUUGAUGCAGUGGCUGUCCCAAUUGUUCUGCCGACAGACGCGUCAAUACCCCGAUUCUUCAAUAAGCCCUGCCAUCGAAGUGCCCCUUGAGACGACGGUCCAAGGCACCCAUGGGAUCGUGCAGAUCUGCACAAGCACUACGGAUACGGUCCCAGAAUUGGAUAUCCAUGAUAUUGCCGACGAGCUAAACGACGAGGAUUGGAACAUGAGCAUUGUUCAAGAAGUUAUAGAUCGAAGUGUAUCAAACGAAUUGGGGAAAACGCGAGAGGUUGCCGAACAAGACAGUCGCCUUUUGAACCUCCCCGAUGAGAUCCUCUUGAUCAUCAUCAGAAUCCUGUAUGAGGGAUCCGAUAAGCGCUCACUAUUUGCCUUUUUCGUUCUCCGCCAGGUUUCCCAAAAGUUUAGAGGCCUCAUGAGAGACAAUAUGUUUCUAUCCCAUGUCUUCUCCGAUAGCGGCUGCUGCGAAUGGUGUUCAGGGGGCUUCCGCGGGAAAUGGACGCGCAUCAAACCAUCGACUUAUUCGCUCCACUGCUUCGAAGAGAAGGAUGGAACGGAUUUGCAAGACGUGUCGACCCGAGUUUAA